AUGCCCCCAAAGUCAUUUGUCUCGGUGCAUGCCCUGUCGGGAGGCCACCUCACGUUACCUGAGCGUUUCUUCGUGAGCCCGAUCGACGAUGAGUCGGCUCGUAGCACAGUCCCGAGUCUGAGCUUUCUUGUUGAGCACAGAAGUCUCGAGACUGGCCGAUUGACGCGCAUCAUAUUCGACCUUGGAAUCCGGAAAAGGUUACAGGACUACCCCGCAGAUAUCUAUAGACAUGUCAUGACUCGUCAACCAGUAUCUGGUGAGCCCGAUACCGUGGUAUCACUCGCUCGGGGCGGUUUGUCACCUACCGAUAUCGACGCCAUCAUAUUCAGCCACCUACACUGGGACCAUAUUGGUACACCCUCUGAUUAUCCAUAUUCAGCCUAUGUUGUUGGGCCAGGAGCAGCAAGCCUUAUCGAUGGAAGCAAGAAGAGUGCCGCUGGUGGCCACAAUCACUUUGAAAGUGGACUUCCCGAUCCGCAGCGUCUCAUCGAACUUAGUCGACCUGGACUAGCCCCUGGGCUUGGGGUUGUGAAGGAUCCAGAUUUCGCAAACUUCAAACAAUAUUUCAACCAACCCUGGCAAAGGCUACACAGAUUCGAGGCAGCUAUGGACAUUUUUGGAGACGGGAGUGUAUACAUCAUUAAUGCUCCAGGACACCUCGACGGCCAUAUAAACCUAUUGUGUCAUGUGGACGAGAAAAGAUACAUAUACUUAGCUGGAGAUGCGUUUCAUGAUGCACGUCUCUUGUCAGGCGAAAAGGAGAUUGCAACUUGGGACGACCCAGUCUAUCCAGGUGUCACUUGCUGCAUUCAUGUAGACAAGGUUGCCGCAGCGAGAACGAUUUCCAUCAUUCGAGAUACUGUCAGAGAUCCCGGGGAGUUGGGCAGUGUUGAAGUCGUGUUUGCGCACGAUCCCAGGUGGCAACAGACAGGAAAGAAUAGCGGACGAUUCUUUCCUGGGGCACUCUAG